AUGAUUCGCAAACAAGCGCGCCAAAGGCGCGACUAUCUCUACCGACGAGCUCUUCUUCUGCGAGAUGCCGAGAUCAGUGAGAAGCGAGCCAAGUUGAGGUCGUCACUUGCCUCUGGCAAGCCUUUGGAUCCCACGAUCGCCAACGAUAAAUCCCUGCGCAAGGACUACCAGUACGAUGAAUCCCGACCUGACCUCACAACUAACGAACAACUCGACCUCGACGACGAGUACGCCCAACUUUCUGGAAUUGUUGACCCACGCGUGCUUGUGACAACUUCUCGCGACCCCUCCGCUAGACUGGCGGCUUUUGCCAAGGAGAUCCGACUUCUUCUUCCGACCGCCGUUCGCCUCAACCGUGGAAACCUCAUUUUGGAUGACCUUGUGCGCUCUGCCCAGUCAGCGGGUCUAUCCGACGUUGUCCUUCUUCAUGAACAUCGAGGUACACCGACUGCCUUGACAUUGUCUCACUUUCCCCAUGGGCCGACGGUUUCUUUCUCUUUGCACAACGUUGUGCUCCGUCAUGACAUUCCUGGAAGCGUGCGCGGAACAGUGAGCGAGUCCUAUCCUCACCUCAUCUUUGACGGCUUUACAAGCCGCCUGGGUGAGCGGGUGGUUAAGGUAUUGAAACAUAUUUUCCCCCCUCGAGAAGCCAUUACGAACAAAAAUAAGGUCGGCAACCGAGUCGUCACGUUCAAGAACAUCGAAGAUAGCAUCGAAGUCAGGCAUCACGUUUUCGUCAGGACCGGAUAUGACAGUGUCGAAUUGGCUGAGGUUGGGCCGCGCAUGACAAUGCGGCCAUUCGAAAUCCGAAGUGGCACUCUCGAAAACAAGAACGGCGAUGUUGAGUGGCAUCUUACGCAGUAUACACGAACCGCUAAGAAGAAGAACUAUCUGUGA